GGUUGACCGUGUCCCACUUCAGUUUAUAGUGAGGUAACAAAGUUUAGAAAGGAGAAGAGCGCGUCAACGUCAGACUUGAAAAAAUAAAAGAGUCUAGCGGAAGACAAAUUUGUACCGCUGCCCAAAAAUAAGGACAUUUGAAAAAUACAUAGUACAAAGUCUGGGACAACUUGUGACAAACACCGUUCAGGAAUUAUUUGGGACUUAUUUGGAGCAAACAUAUUUCCACAGGACCGAGGAAACUUCAUCAUCACAAAUAAAGUUCAUCAUGGCAGAGACGGCAGCAGCACCAGCCCAGAAGGCAAAAAAGGCGAAAGCCCCCAAGAAAGCCGCGUCGCAUCCUAAAUAUUCGGAAAUGAUCAAAUCAGCUGUCCACGCGGACAAAAAUCGCGGGGGUGCGUCUAGACAAUCCAUCCAGAAAUAUAUUAAAAGCCAUUACAAGGUAGGGGACAACGCCGAUUCUCAGAUUAAACUGUCUCUCAAGAGGCUUGUCGCCACUGGGGUCCUGCGCCAUACCAAGGGCAUUGGGGCUUCGGGGUCCUUCAAACUGGCCAAAGCCGAUGACUCGAAGAAACCACCUAAGCCUAAAGCUGCAGAGAAAGCCAAGAAGAAGCCUAGCAAAGCUGUCAAGCCCAAGAAGGUGGCAAAACCAAAGAAGGUUGCCAAAUCCCCCGUUAAAGCUAAGAAGCCUAAAGUGGCGGAGAAGAAAGUGAAGAAGACGGCAGAAAAGAAGAAAGCUGCACCCAAGCCCAAGAAACCAGCGAAGAAACCCAAGGUCUCAAAACCAGCGAAGGCGAGUAAACCCAAAAAAGUGAAAACUGCGAAACCCAAAGCCAAGCCAGCGGCAAAGAGAGCAGCAAAGAAGAAGUGAAGGAAAACAAACUACAAAGACUUUACUAACCACGGGAGACAAAACUCAUUGUAUAUAGACUUUUGUGAAAAAUGUUUCCCUAUACAGUAUGUUGUUAUUUUUGUAUCAUUUCAUGCAUACUUUAUCCGACCCUUUUUCUAAUUCAUAUCCACCCUGUUGCACUAUUGACAUGUUGAUCCUGUUUAGCGAGGGUCUGAAGUACUAGCAAGUUCUUUUUCUGUGGCUGUAUAUAAUUUAUUAUUACUUUCCACUGAUCCUUCAAAAAUUGUACACUGAAAGACCCAUUACCACCCGUCGUUUGUGACACUAAUCUGGAACUCCGAUUAAUAGUUGGAACGUAUCAAUGGUGUUUUUCCAUGCACGGGAAUUGAUGUUGAAAGUACAAUGAUUUCAAUGGCAAGCUUUGUAGAGCCUCACAAUGUUUAGAACUGUAUAGGCAGUUGACGUCAGCUAGGUCUGAAAGAGUGUGAGUAAUGUUCCAUACAGAUUCUAUGUUGAACAUUUCGAUCACUACAUGAUUC